AUGAACGAUGAUGACGACUAUGCGAAAAAAAUGCAACCAAAGUAUGCGAAGCACGCCGGCAAACUGUGUGGCAGGCCGGCCGGUUGCCUGCCGCGGAGCCAGAAAGUUGGUGGCAGCAAGUCUGCCACAAAGCCAACGCCAACGCCAACGUCAACGUUAGCACCGGCUGAUUCCGCUUUAAAGUCUGCGCAGCGUGAGCGACAAGAAGAUGUGUGCAGCGCGCUGCCGUUCGCAGCACUAUUUCUCACCUCGAUCGCCAACGAGUGCCUAGCACACAAUUUCCAGCCAGGACAGCCGCCUUUCAAUACAAAUAGCUGGCCACAUCCCGUAUACGGCGUUCCACCGCCAUCGCAACAGACGCCUUGUGCCAAUCGUGCGCCUGUGCAAGCACCCACACACGUCCCCAUCUUGACAGCUGUAGUGCGCCCAAUUGGACCUAUAGGCAAAAAUUAUGAAGUGAAACUCUCUCAGUCAAGUCAACUCAACCUCGAACGUAGGCUACCAAUUUCAGAACCAGCCAAACUAGUUGCAGCAGUUAUAAAUGGGCCACUGUCUCAUCAAACUGACAAUAACCAAUUCGCAGAUGGUCCAAAAAAAUACUUGCCCCCACCACAUCCAAUGCAGCCAAAGCCAUAUUAUCAGCCUCUCACUGGUGUGCCUGGUCAGCAGUAUGGUAACGCGGCUGCUGGUGCCAACAUUCCCUACACACCCAACUACAAUCCGCUGCUACCACAGCAAUAUUCCCAACCAACUCCACCAACUUCAUUGACACCACCACCACCACCACCCCCAGCGCCAGCACCAGCACCAUCAUCAGAAACAUUCUACAAUCAAGGCAGUAAACUACAGCAUCAAUAUUUUACUUCCGCACAGGAAAACAAAGCCCUAGGUAUCAGCGGUGGAGCAGCCAACUCGGGCGCACAAUACCAACCUCCUGUUGACAAUUCCGUGAAUGGUGUGGCGGGCAAUUACAUAUCACAGUCAGAAGUCGGUAAACUGAGUCAUUAUGUCGAAAAGCAAAAUCCAGUGGGCGACACCCGCCCCUAUUCGCGUCUCAUUCACACCUGUUAUCCCGACGGUCAUUGCGAACGUCAACAACUGAGCGCAGGCCAAACGGAUCCCAGACACCAACAUAUUGUAUUAACGGCUCGUGCGCGCGUGCAACCCAUCUCAGAUAAGUGUCGAACAUUGGCUGCUCAAGGCGGCGUACAAACCGCUCUGGACUCGGGAUCACUUAGCCAGACUAAUCCGCUACGAAAUACACAGAAUCGACCACCAAAUCGUCGACUCUACCAAUACACAGAAGCGGUGAUACCACGCGACACAUUCAACUGA